AUGCAGUCGCUCUCGUCGGACAUGCUGCUCACGCGCGUUACUGAUGUCGAUGUGUACCUGGACAAUGUACUGCGUCGUAACGCUGCGGUAGAUUCAAACAGCCAACAGAAUUUUUGCAAACACAUUUCAUCGCAGGAGAUUGCGGAGACCGACCCGAAGCUUUGCAACCAGCUGUCGCGGUUUUUGACGUCGUCGCAAAAGAGCUGGCAUCACUCGAGACUCAAGGUCGUGACAUGUGUUGCAGUGACUGCGCAUGUUUCUUGA